AUGGAUGGGAGGAAGGAAGGCGAAGGUGGGCAGAAGCCUGCUGUGGCUCGCAAGCCUGUGCCGCCGCCAAAGCCACGCUCCCUCUCGUUCCACGUGAGCAGGACCACAAGCGGCAGCAGUGGUAAUGGCGGCAGUGGCAGCAGUGCAUGGAGCGUGGACGCGUCACCCCCCGCCACGGGUCAGCCCGGCGCCCAACGUCGUGCUACCAUGUCACCUGCUGCAUCAUUCAGAAGCAAACAUCAAUCGCCCCACCACGUACAGCCGGCGCAGCUUGCAGCCGUGCCCCCACAGCUGAUGAGUGGUGGCCCACUGCUGUACACUUCGCUCGAUACAGGCGUGCGCCGCAGCAAGAAGACUGCUGCCAAGCUUAGCAGCAGCAGCAGCAGCAGUGGGCGCAACCGAGCCAACGGUAAGGAUGCUGAUGAUGCUGAUGCCGCUGACGACGAUGGCGAUGGCGAUGACAACAUCAACGACAUCAACGCGCCCCAUCCAUCCCUGAGUCUACGUCUCCAAGGAGGUGGCGGCGGCAGCGGCGACGAGCUGCCAUUGGAUGAGAGCGAUGAACUCCACCUGUCAGAGCGUCAGCAACAGGGCGUUGUUGUUGGUGGUGGUGGCCGUGGUGGCAUUCAGAACGCGAGCGAGGUGGAGGAUGAAGCUGAAGGGGGAGCACGACGCACACAUGCAAGUGAUGGCAGCCACAGCAUGCAUGCAGCAGAAGCUGCUGCGCAACAACCCGAGGAGCAAGCCCAGCCGCAACAACAGCACGAUGGACGUCAGGCGGUGCUGUCGCCCAUGGACCACCGGGUGUCAACGUCGUCACUGUCGGAUAUGAACCCGCCACCAACGCCGCCGCCGCCGCCCCAAUUCGCAGACGCCGCGCACGAGGCCAUGCCACUCCCGCCAGUGCACGUGCUCUCACUGGACGACCGUGAACGCAUCACCACCAUCGACGACAAUGAUGGUGAUGAUGAUGAUGGUGAUGAUGGUGAUCAUGAUGGCGAUGGCGAUGAUGAUGAUGCAGGUGGAUCCUCGCACGUGUCCAUGCUGCAGGCGAUCCGGGCCGGAGUACAACUGCGGCAAACACAACCGCGCGAAGAGCAGCAGCAGGAGGACGAGGAGGAGCAGCUGCGAGCGUCGCAGCCAACGCACGUGAUGGAUGAGCUCGCGUGGCGGUUACGGCGACGACAGCGGCGCGAAGAGGAGCGAAUUGCCGAUGCAGCCGGCGACGCGUGGAGGCAGCGGGCACACCUGUUCCUGCGCAACCUCCCACAGGCUCAGGAUGUCCCCCCUGUCUCCACCCUCCGCCAACUCCUCACGGACGCGCUUGAGAUUGAAGACAGCGUGGGCGGGCGGGAUGCUGCGAAGCGGCUGUUCCCUUCGUGGCCGCACGAAUACGUUGAUGACCUCGAGGCAGCCAUCACCGCAUACAACACGUUCAUCAGCGCACAUGAGGCCCUGCGGGAGACGUGCCACUCGUCCAAGCCCGUCACAGACGCACACCUGCAGGGCGCCAUUGAUCGCGCUGUCUCGGCGCACGCCGCCCUCUUCGUCCGCACCAACUCCGUCGUAUACUUUGCGUGCCGUCGCGUUCACCUGGAUGAUUCCCAGCGAGAGCCGUGCACACAUGUGCUGCAGGAAACCUUGCGGCUUGCACUCGGCCGCCUGUGGCAGCGAGCAGAACAGGUGCUUGCGUCGCUGCAUGAUCCGGGACUGCGCACAUUCGACCGGCGGGACCGGGCAGCCGUCUGCUAUCGACUCCACCACACGUUCAUGGGAUACUGCAGGCAGUUUGCACAGACGCUGGACAUGCACGACUUGCUGACGUCAACAGAGUAUUCGCGUGCGGAGGAGAACAGUUUUCGUCUGUUUGAAAUGCAUCGCGAUGCCAUUGUUGUUCGCGAGCGCGUGGGCACGUGGGACAAGGCCGAGCACGUGCGUUUGAGAGGACAACAGGCGACAUCGUCCACCCAGGCGCCGCCGGAGACGGAACCGCAGUCCCUCGUCCACCGUGUCCUGUCCGCAAUUGCAGACCACGAGCCCACCCAGCUCAGGGCAGCACUUAACGAUCUGCGGGAGGUGUCACCGGCGCGGGUGCAGGCGAAGUACCAGUCGUUUGUGCAAGCGGCAGCAGGCCACAACCACUUGGAGUGCUUGGCUGUUCUGCUGUCGUGGACGCAUGUGCCGACACGCGAGACGCUGCCCGCCCGUGACAUGGCCUGGAUCAGCGCAGCCGUCAACAAACACAACAUGCCCGCAGUCAAGAUGAUGCUCGAUCACGGGCUCUGGAUCAACGACAUCAAUCCCAACAGCCACGCAACCGCCCUUCACAUGAUGGCGCACCUGAUUCGCAACGGCGCCGACAUCUUCAUUGCCAACAGACACAGCCGCACGCCACUGCAGGUUGCGAGCAACGUGUUUCUUCCGUUUGCAGCGCCGCCGCCGCUUCCCGGACAGCACGGACACAUCCACAGCGGACAGCGGUACACCAGCCACACACAUCACCACCACACAUCACAGCAAGGCGACCAGCCACCAUCGCCAACCUCCGCACACCACCAGCAUCAGCAUCAUCAGCAGCAUCACCAUCUUGACCUCGUGCGGUAUCUUGAGACGGGCGUGUUCAGCGACGUCACGCUCGUAGCCGAUGACGGCACGGCUUUCCAGGCACACAGGAUUGUGCUGUGCGCACAGAGCGAGUACUUCCGCGCCAUGCUCGAGUCGGAGUGGGCCGAAGCGUCGCAGCGGGAGAUAUCGAUGCCUGGUUUGACCCCGGCGACGCUGCGCAUUGCUCUGCACUACCUCUACUCCGGCCACGCAGACUACCCACUCGACGACGAUGAGCUGUGCCUGGAUCUGCUUGAGACGGCAUUCAUCCUCCUGAUUGAGCCCAUGCAGCGCCACCUCCAAGUCCGCCUCCAACAGAAACUCUCCAUCCACAAUGCGCUUGAGUAUUACCGCACGGCGGUCCGGCUGGGCAGCUCCAUGCUCGUCGCGCACUGCUGCGUUUUCAUCCUGAAUAACUACGCCGAUUUGCAGGAUCAGGAUGAAGGGCGAGAGGUUCUGUAUCAUCUGCUGGAGGACCUCAAGCCAACCGAUUACCAGCACAACACCACGGCCAUUCCACGCCCAUACGCCAUCUAA